GAUUGAUCGCAUCCUCUGUCAAGUCGUACAUUGCGACCAAAUCCACAGCUGGCUCGAGCCGAUGUGGUCACCAUUAGCAGCAACAUGUCGCUUUUGGCAACCCACCUAGAACAGAUAUUACUAUCUACGAAAUCUAUAGCAGAGCUUGAGUUUCCUCCACCAAAGAUCUUCACCAAUGCGCUUUUAAAAGACCAUGAGAUCACUACCCUGAUCCGUGAUACCGAGCCCCAUGAGCGUGCCCUGUUCACCCUCGACGAAAGCGCUGUCAAUCGACAUCGCCAGCAGGCAACGUCCCGUUCUGGACUGUUCCUACAGGCGGGCAAGACUACUCCUCCAGCUGCUCACCCAAGCAAACAGUCUACUGUCACGAGGUUGCUAGGUAGUGACAUGCUUCAAGAGAUCAGGCACGCGACCAACAGGCAGGGUGGCGUCAAUGUCGAAGUCCUCCUUCGUGGUGCAGAAAGACUUUGUAGUGUCUACACAGUCGCUGGAGCUGCUGAGAAGAUUCGAGCGUUGCGAAGUCGCUACCAGGAUGUCGCACCCGCAAUAUCGGCAUUGGAAGAAAAAGUGUCCAAGCAACAAGCUGUCUUAGCACGCCGGAACAAAGGCGGCGAAUACGAGGAUGAAGAGUUUGAGAAUGUCGUGGACGCGGAACCAACCAAUAAUGGUGUUGCAAUUGCCUUCACGGAGCAGGACUUUCAGCAUGAAGAAGCGGAGAUCCGAGAGCUGGAGGCCCGGAAGAAGUCCUUGGAAGACCGGGUCUCGGGGAUUGAGAGAGAUCUCGGUGGCCUUCUACAUUGAUUCAAGCAUUCAGCCAAAAGGCAGCGGCUCUGGUAUCGAGCUCGUUGUGAAAGGGUCUAAACGAGAGCCACGAAUUGUCAUUGCAGUACCCGACCGUGUUUUGCAAUGACCAUGGCGGUGUUCAUGUGUGCUGUUUACAACCAAGGAACAUCGCCAUUGCUCGUGAAGUGCGCAUUGAGCUCCUGGAAUGU